GUCUCAUAUUAUGUCAUAUUAUCAUAUUAUCUCAAGUGGAAGUGAGCUGUCAGUGGAUUCACUACUAAAAAUAGUGGCACUGCUUUGGCCUGGUAUGAAAUCACUGCAAGUGUACAUGCCUUUGUGACUGUCUCAGAGGAAUGAUUUGGACUGUUCUGUACUCAUUCCUGUGUGGGUGUGGCUGUGGAGUUACUGAGUAACACAUAAUUCACUGCCCUCUUUUUUGCCUGCAACAGCACUUUAGUUUUGGCUCUAUUUCCCUCACUCGCUCACAGGACCAGUGUGCACUUUGAACUGAAGGAUAUCCUGUGCCUCAUCAACACAGUGGGAUUGUGUGAAUUCUCUACUGCUUUUCGGAGACAAAAUACCCCUGCUUUCAUACUUUUAUCAAACAAAGUGUUUUACCAUUCAGGGAAAAGGACUGCACAUCACAGUAGCCUGUCUUCUGAAAAUGAUGGAAGAGGCUAAUGAGGCGAGGUCAUCUGGGUUAAGUGUGAGCACCCACAGCAUCAGGGUCACCGAGGCAGUGAGAGAUGGGGACACGCUCACCUUCAUUGUCAUAUCCCAGAAGUUGUCUGGUACUGGGGAGUACCAUGUGGACAGGACAUAUGACGACUUUGAGUGGCUGCAGCAGAGCCUGUUCUGUCCAGAGGGUGUUCCUGGAAUACAGGGAGUUAUUUUUCCUCCUCUUCCAACAAAGCCACAGGUGAAUGCACCAGCCAAAGUACUGAAACAACUUGGUUUCCUUGCCAUGGGGAAGGAUUGGCAGAUAUACUGCAUGGCACUAGAGACCUACCUCCAGCAGGUGGCAGUCCACACUACUCUCAACAAGAACCCGAACCUGGAGGUCUUCCUCACCAGCUCAGAGCCUCCAGGCCGUCAGAGGGUGAGGAAGGGGAUUUUCAACCGUCUCAGCCAUGCCAUGGAGGGAAUAAGGAAAGAAAGCCACAAGGAUGUGGAUGAGUUUUUUCAGACUGAGCGUGAUAACAACCUCACCCUCACUGGCUGCUCCAAGUCUGCAAUGGAGAAGUUCCUUGAUGUGGUGAUGACUGAACAAAAAAUCUCUGUAGCCUGUGGACACUUCUCUGCCUCACUGCAUCUUUGUGUAGAACAUCAGGAUGACUCCUUGGCCCUGGCCUUCUCAAAGAUGUGUGUUAAACUGUCUGAGGUCAUUGAUUCAAUGAAGAAAAACCUGGACAAUGUAGCUGAGAACAACAUGAGCACCCUGGGUCUGGGUCUGGACCUGGAUUCUCGCUACCAGGAGGCUGAGAAGGAGAUGCUAUUCAGGAGGACCUGUAAACUGGUGGAGUUGGAGACAGCCAGCCGGAAUGCAGAAAAAGCCAAACCUGUAAAGAAAGCCACUAUGGAGGAGGUGAAGAACACAGUUGAGAAGGAGUUUGAUAACAUAUCUGGUGUAGCCAAACAGGAGAUUGGCCGCUUCCAGGCCGCUCGUGUGAUGAUGUUGCGCCAAGCUCUGACCUUGUGGUGUGAGAAACAGCUUCAUACAGCCAGGGAAAGCUCCACCCUCUACAGCCAGCACCUGCAGGCUUUCAGAGACAUGGAGGAGUGACUGCAUAAGGCAAACACACACUUCUAAUCACUAUGAAGCCUGAAUGUACACUGUAAUUGUCACCAUUUACUGCUUGAUUUUAUACAAACAGGUGCUAAAACAAAUAUAUCAGAAUCCUCACUGCCAAGUAUCUUAGAUGAUUUGAAGCAGUUACAGAAUGCGAAUCCCACACACACCAAGGAGAAGGACAAGGCAGGGGCAUUAGCAGGGCCGGACUGGCCAUUGGGGAUACAGGGGGACCCCCGGUGGGCCGACGGGGUUGGGAUCAUAGACUUAUAUAUU